AUGGCACGUUUCGGCGGCCAAUCGGGCCCGUCUUUACGACCUCUCCCAGGGUCUCGUCCCACUCUUCUGAAGCGUUUAAUGAUGGCGCCCGUACCGGGUAUACCAUAUGAGCAGACAUUCCGCGCAGAAAUCGACACCAUCAGCGUGCACCAGCUCGAUGAUAAAUUCGUGGCUCUUCUCGCCUCGGACCAUACCGACGCCAUGGCAGUGGGUAUGCUAGAUGAAUACGCUGACGAUACCUUUGAAGGACCUCGAGUCACAACUUCCGACUUGAACCGCGUGUUUAAAACAACAGCUGUAUAUGAGCAAAUAGCUGAGGACCAUCCACGGCUUGUCCGAUUCGACCACCGGGAUCCAUUCUUCGGGAUCCCGAUUCUGAAUAUGCCAUCGACAACGCUGGAGGACUUUUUGACCAGGCAUAAAUCAACCAUGUACGAUGCUGAUCGCAUAGUCCCAAAGUAUCGCCCUUUGAUCUACCAGUGGGCGCUGCAUCUCCUCUCUGGACUAUCCUUUGUGCAUUCCAAAGAUAUUGUGUUCGGUGACCUCAGAAUCGAAGUAUGCUGGCUGGAAAAAGACCUUUCUUUAAUGCUGCUGGGCUUCCUCGACGCUGUUUAUAAAACAGCCGGGUUCUCAAAACGAUAUAUCAACCAACACGGACGAUAUGAGUAUGAACAGUUCCACCCGUGUCAUAAACCCCGAUGGGAUAGUCUAUUAGCUACUACGCAGACCGAUCUAUUUGUCUGGGGAUGUCUCAUCUAUCAACUCAUGACAGGGUUCUGGCCCGGACAUGAGCGGCAAAGGUCAGACGCGGAAAUCAGGUCUAUGUUCCUGAAUCGCCAGUGGCCGUUACUUGAACCAGAGAAUCUUGGUGGUGUUGUACGGAAGUGUUGGGACUAUGGAUAUCGGGAUGCUGAGCAUUUAAAGACAGAUCUGAUUCGCUUUCUGACAGAUGAGGGCUGGGAGGUUGAGGGGGAUGGACUGCGUGGGUUUCGAGCUACUGAUCUUUUUCAGGAUGAAUCAGACAUUUCAUAA